AUGCAACAGCUGGAACACAUAAAGCAAAAUCUUAGUAAUCUGGUGAAAUCCUCAAGCCCAGAGAUAGGGGACAAACUGGUGAAUCCUAAAGAAAUAGCCCCCACAACAGAUAAAUCGUCCCCAAGCUGCUAUGACAAUAUAAAUCCCAGCAUCACUCAGGUCACUGAGUGCAGCAACAGUUCAGCGAUUGUAUCUAACACGGCAACAAUUAAAUCACCACAUUUUCCUCUUUUGCGAGCAUUAAACUCAGUUGCCAGAUUUACCAAUAGGGUUCGCACUGAUAGCGCAUCAUCGGCCAGUCAUGUGACGGAAAGAUGCGCUCAAUGGUUACCCGAGGCAACGGAAAAACAAGUAAUGGAGAAGAAAUCAGGUUUAGUAAACAGUUCUUGGCAGGGAAUGGAUUCUUCACUCAAUGAAAUUAUGGGAUGCUCUAGUAGCUUUGACCAAAAAUACAUUGGAAGCGAUUCUGGGCCCAAGACUGAGUUUACGAAUAGCUUGGGUGAGAAGGAACCAAAAGAAAGUUGUGGAAUAGACUGUGGAUCGACGAAAUCUUGCACUCUCUUGGCUUCUACCCAUGAUACAUCAACAAAUAAGCUCUCUGAUGUAAAUCUAGCGAGUGGAAUGGAGUUUCAAGAAGACAUUAGUAGCGAGGGCGAUAGACUUUUGGAAGAUUUUGAAUCAGUUUCAUCAUCUGUCGCUGAGCCGACCUUGAGGAAAGAAGUUUCAAGUAGCCAGUUGCAUCGUGGCGGAAAUCUGGUUUCUAAAGGCUCAUUUCAGCAACUGCCAGUCUUAGAUACGCAGCCUUCUUUACCCAAUAUCUCACCCUCCUUAUUUUCACUUGCGUCGUUAAACUCAAGGAUGCAUACCUCGAUGCGAAACUUGCAGGCCCGGAGUCUGGCAGGGCGUACAAAUUUGGUUGGACUACGCGAUCCUGAAAGUAUUGGCUCUGAUGAGCCAGACGAAUCGAGGUCAACUAGGCCAGUGAUGACUGCUAUACAACUCAGAAAGAUAGCUUGGUGUCGUGAACAUUUUUCGAUGGAUGAGCAGCCGCCUGAAAAUCUCAGCAGUGCUACUUAUCAUCCUGUCGCUGACAGUGAAAAGGAAACCAAUAUUAAGUUCCGAUCUGGAGGUCCUCUCAACUGUACUUCGGACCAUAAAAAGAGUGACUCUCCUGAGCUAAGAUGCGUCGAAUGGCCACUUCUUCGGCGCGCAACUUCUACAGAGGGACAUUCUCCAUCUGAGCUUUGUUUAUCAGUCAUGUCAACAUCCAUUGAAGAAUGCAAACAUCCUGAGUCUGUAUGCGCAAAUAUUAACGAUGAAAAAAGGAGAAUCAAGCAAAACGCAUUGGCCUCCAGUCAUGAAAUACCUUCAGCUAGCCCAUAUUCUUCUCUUGCGCCAAGUAACUCAGCGCGGCCACUUAGAACCGGUCUAGCCGCACUGGCAGCACCCAAAUCAUCCAUUUUCCCCAUGGCUUCUAACAAAUGCGGAAAGCAAGAUGAAAAACUGAAACAGCGUGGGCUUUCAGAAUAUGGUACUAAAACCAGGAGAAACUGGCUUCGCACAGUGACAUGGACGCCUGAGGAACCAAUAUACCCCCAGAAAAUAGAGGUUUGCCGACCACAUUUAGCUGCUACCAUGUCAAUCGAUGCAGCGGCAACGCCAAAGAAAACUAUAGCUUCAAGUUAUUCAAAUUUGGAAUCAGUCACUAGUAAGAUGAAUGAACAAGCUCUACUGUGA